GUCCCUCCAUAUCAUCUCUGUGGGCAAGCGUGUGAACGCGCAUUUCUUUGGCAGGAACGACAUUUGCACGCUCCCGUGCAUUCGGCAUAGAAAACAAAGCUAUCCGUGCGCUUCCAUUACAGCUAGCGGGUCAAACAUAGCACAUCUAUCUCUCUCUGCAUGAACACCCAAGAUGGGUAUCCAGCUCAUCUGAGGGCCUUUGAUACCGGGGCAUGUUUUGAGGUCGGUGAGACGGGCGGACGUUCUGCUGAAGUCAACGAGACGGUUUUUUGCGGAGCGCUUUUGUUGCUUAGCCGCCGCUAGUAGCAAAGCCCCGAUCUUUGUAUUUUCUGCCGCGAGCUGCUGAGGGCAAACACAUCGCCAUGCUGUUAUCGGAGCAGGCUAAGUGAAGAAGGCGAAACCUCGAGCGUGUGGAGGAGAUCAUCUCGUCGUGUGAGCCGAACCUGAGCCCUCAACCGCCGACUGCCUGCUUGACUGACAUGGCGGAGCCGAGCUACUCCUGGGCGUAUUCCCUGGUCGACUCCAGUCAGGUGUCAACGUUCCUGAUCUCCAUCCUCCUCAUCGUCUAUGGCAGCUUCAGGUCAUUAAAUAUGGACUGUGAGAACCAGGAGAAGGAUAAGGACGGAAACCCUACCACUGGCCCCUUCAACAAUUCCAACACCAACAACAGUAUUCAGACCAUAGACUCCACACAGGCGCUGUUUCUGCCCAUUGGAGCCUCAGUGUCCCUGCUUGUCAUGUUCUUUUUCUUCGACUCUGUUCAAGUGGUGUUCACCAUAUGCACUGCAGUUCUAGCGACCAUCGCCUUUGCAUUUCUCCUGUUGCCGAUGUGCCAGUAUGUGACCAGGCCUUGCUCUCCACAGAACAAGAUCUCGUUCGGCUGCUGCGGCCGCUUCACACUGGCGGAGCUGCUCUCCUUCUCCCUGUCUGUCUUGCUGGUUCUCAUCUGGGUGUUGACGGGACACUGGCUGCUCAUGGACGCUCUCGCCAUGGGUCUCUGUGUGGCUAUGAUUGCAUUCGUGAGGCUGCCUAGUCUCAAGGUGUCUUGCCUGCUGCUGUCAGGCCUGCUCAUCUAUGAUGUAUUCUGGGUCUUCUUCUCCGCCUACAUAUUCAACAGCAACGUGAUGGUGAAGGUGGCCACGCAGCCCGCCGACAACCCCCUCGACGUUCUUUCCCGCAAACUGCACCUGGGCCCCGGCAUGGGACGGGACGUCCCACGUCUCUCACUCCCCGGCAAACUGGUGUUCCCCAGCUCAUCCGGAAGUCACUUUUCCAUGCUGGGCAUCGGUGACAUCGUCAUGCCAGGCCUGCUGCUGUGUUUCGUGCUGCGAUACGACAACUAUAAGAAACAGGCCAACGGAGAAGUUCCCGGCACUGUUAACGCGCCCGGUCGCAUGCAGCGGGUUUCCUACUUCCACUGCACUCUCAUUGGUUACUUUAUUGGUCUGUUGACCGCCACCGUGGCCUCCCGUAUUCACCGUGCGGCUCAGCCUGCCCUCCUGUACCUGGUGCCCUUCACUCUGCUGCCUCUGCUCACCAUGGCCUACCUGAAGGGGGACCUACGACGCAUGUGGUCUGAGCCCUUCCACACCAAGGCCACCAGCUCUCGUUUCUUGGAGGUAUGAUGCUGCACCGACCAGCACAGAUUCCCACCCGGCCACCACCCACCGGAGAGAAAGAGAGAGAGAGGUCUGAAGAGAGGAACUGAACUCGUCUUCUCAUCAUCCCUCAUUCCUGUUGUCAUCCUCUAGCCAGCGGAUGAACAGCCGUACGCGGACUUCACUGCCAGAUGGAAUCAUGCGCUCCUCGUCCCCGUAUUCUUCAUUCCAUCGCUUCUCCAUCCUGUAUCUGAACCGCUCAAGUCCUUCGCUGUUUUUCACUACCUCUUUCCUGCUUCCAUUCCACCUCUUUCUUCAACGCUCUUUUAUUUUUAUUCCCCGUCAUCUGCUGCGUUUUACUCAGCCACACUGCACCGGAUCAGUUGUUCUGUGGACGUGACCGGAGCCGCUCCUUUUUUAACGUUCGGCAACGGAUUUACAAACGGAGAUUUGUUUAUUUACUGCUCUGAACGAACGGCAAACGAGGGACGUGGAUUCUGCCGCAGCGCGUGAUGACGAUGACCCGAUAAGGGACCAGCACACAGUAGAGGACAGCGAUGUUUCUCAAACUCCUCUUUUCUUCGUUCUCUCUUUCUCUUUCUGAUAAAACAACACCUGCAUCGACCUCCGCCUACACCCCUAACAAACCCCCUCACCCUUUGCAGAAACAUGUAUUUUAUUUAGAAAGAUUUUAUUCUUGGCAUAUACAGAAUUGAUGCAUUAUAAAUUGUCAGGGCGUGUUGCCCUAUGUAUAUAUGUGUACACAUGUAUUAGGGGUUAUCAUGUUGAGGUGCAAGUGUGUGUGUGUGUGUGUGUGCGUGUGUGUUUAAAGAGGAACUACUUUUUUUUUCUGGCUUUUAGGUCUCAAUGGAGUUGUGGCCGAAUGAAACGAAAGGCAAUGGCACUGAUGGGAAAUGUUUUUUUCCCACAUAAAUGGGUUUUUGUCUAGGCUGAUGGCUCUGCUAAGGUCACUUUUUUGUCUAAUGUACACAUAGUCUUUCAUAAGACACAUUGGGCUCAUUUACGAAACACGAGGCAGGACAAAUUUCUGUGCGUAUCGCCCAUAAAUCCAUUGCGAUGGAAAUUGUCCCCAUUGAAUUAAAUGUGACGAUUUGCGUAAGAAUGGUUUACGUACAACACACAGGAAGUCAUUCUGCUCGUGUUCUUGAAUGAGGCCAAUUCACAGGGUUCAAAAGAGCUGACGAGGCUUGACCAUUGAAGUAAGGGACGUGUGAUGUACAUGUAUGAAUGUAUGGUCGCUAUCUCCACGGGGUCUGGAUUGACCUUUGAGCACAAGCUCCGUCGUGCCCCCUGGAUAAAUUCUUUAAGGAUUUUACUCAAAUCUUUGGAUCUUAAUUGAAACUGAAAUGUCUUUCAUGAAUAUUUCAUUCUUUCAAGCAUUAUAUUUUUGUUUGUAGCCAUUCCUUCGAGAAAGUCCGAUCUAUAAACUGGAACCGAGGAUGUGUGUUCUGUAAGCUCGAGUGAGUGGGUGUGUUACACGUCGUAGAAAAUAAUGCAUUUUGCUGACUCAGUCUGUUUGCUUUUUUUACCUGUUGUUACCUGUUUUUUAAUCUGUUAGUUGUCUGGCCUUGCAUGUCAAUUGUACAGCGUGUCGUUCUUUAAAGCUGCGUUCCAGGGCAACCGGUUGUGCGACACUCUGAAACUCAGACACAGGGUCAUGGAUGAAAAGUCGCACAAGAGAUUUGAUAAAAUGAGGAGAGAGGCCCGGGGCGAUGAGACUUGGACCGUUCUGACCCCACACAUGGCCUCACACAAACGUGCGUUGGCCGAUUAUUCAGUUUGAACGUUUGGUCCCUGGCAGUGGGACACGUUUAACUUGAGCAUCACAGACUUUAUCUUACCCACAAUCCCACUCACUGUUCCUCUGCCACCCGUAUAGACAUUACGAAAAAAGAACAAUACAAAUCAUGAUCAUGGUGAUUGCAUUGAAAAGAAAUACAAAUGUUCUUUUUUAUGAAAUAUGACCUUUUUGUUUGGGUUUUUCGUUUUUUAAUUCCCAUCAUUUGUAUUUUCCCAGUUUCCUUUAAUGCUGUGGAGUUUCAUUUUGUACUUUCUCCAUCAUCCUCCCUGCCUGCAGAGGGCGCUAAGCUCAACAUAAACAGCCAAGAGGGUUCUGUAUAAAAGAUUUUGAAUAAAUAAAUUUAAAAGUGUAGUGAAAUGUGGAUCCAAAUGAGCUGUACUGAAAGCAUUUCGGCUCUCCUAACCUUACCUUUUUCUCUUUAGUCAGGAUUCUGCUGUAAAUAAACAUGACUCUAACUGUA